CUUCAAGAGACUCAGAGAAGAAACACCAAAGAGAUAAUUGAUCAUUAAUCAUACCUGACAAGGAUAUGGAGCCAACAACAGAUUAUAACUAUUCCGCCUACUACGAUGAUACAGAAUGGUUAGAUGCAUCACAGAGCCAGCCAUGCAACAAUGCCAAUGUGAAGGAGUUUGGACGGGUGUUUCUGCCUGCAUUCUACAGCCUGGUCUUCAUCGUGGGCUUCAUCGGUAACAGCCUGGUGGUCUAUGUCCUGGUGAAAUUUAGGAGGACCAGAAGCAUGACAGACCUCUGUCUCUUCAACCUGGCUCUGUCUGACCUUUUCUUCGUCAUCUCCCUGCCUUUCUGGUCCCACUAUGCCACCGCAGCCGAGUGGCUCCUGGGGGACUUUAUGUGCCGACUGGUAACCGGACUGUACAUGCUGGGGUUUUAUGGCAGCAUCUUCUUCAUGGUGAUCUUGACAGUGGAUCGCUAUGUGGUCAUAGUCCACGCUCACAAAAUGGCCAGGUUCAGAUCAGUCAGAGUAGGGGUCACUCUGUCUCUGUUCAUGUGGGCUCUCAGUCUCUGUGCCUCUCUGCCUACAAUCAUUUUCACAAAAGUAAAUAAUGAGUCCGGGCUUUCAACAUGUAAACCAGAGUAUCCAGAGGGUAGCAUGUGGCGCCAGGUUUCUUAUUUAGAGAUGAAUGUCUUGGGUCUACUUCUCCCGCUCUCCGUCAUGGUGAUCUGCUAUUCAAGAAUCAUUCCGAUGCUAGUCAAUAUCAAAACCACCAAAAAGCACAAAGCCAUCAAACUGAUAAUCAUCAUAGUAGUGGUCUUUUUCUGCUUUUGGACCCCAUACAAUGUGGUCAUUCUCCUGCGUUAUCUGGAGACCCAGAGCUAUUUUGGAGACUGUACAACUCACAAGAACAUAGACCUGGCAAUGCAGUGGACAGAGGUGAUAGCGUUCACACACUGUUGUUUGAAUCCGAUCAUCUAUGCCUUUGCAGGGCAGAAAUUCAUGAGUCUUGUCCUGAAGUUACUAAGAAAAUGGAUGCCAAUGUGCUUUUCCAGGCCUAAUAAUAGUGAGUUGUCUGGACGAAAAAGCUCAGUCUAUUCCAGGUCUUCUGAAAUAACAUCUACAAGAUUGAUGUAGAUUGACUUGUAUACAAACACAAUUCAAAUAUAAAAACUUUGAGAAGGGAAAAGACAGUAAAAGAUGUAAGGAAAAACUACAAACAAAUGUAAGGAGGAUUUCUUUGAAAGUGUGGCCACCCUAGCUGUGAAUCUAUGCUUACAGUAGAUACAGUAGUUAUCAGUUGCUCUUUUGUAUCUUUGCAUGCUCCAAUACCUUUGUUGAUAUAUCCCUUUAAAGAGUGUUAGUUAGGUCCUCAUGUGGUAUUGUGUGAAGUGUGAAAAAAGUAAAGAAAUUGACAGUAUGUACAGUGCAUUCAGAAAGUAUUCAGACCCCUUUCCUUUUUCCAAAAUGUGCUACAUUACAGCCAUAUUCUAAAAUGGUUUAACUGAAAUGUUUUCCUCAUCAAUCUAAACACAAUACCCAAUAAUGACAGUGAAAACUGUUUUUUAGACAUUUUUGCAAAUUUAUAAAAAAUAAAAACAGAAAUACCUUAUUAACAUAAGUAGUCAGACCUUUUGCUCGAAAUUGAGCUCAGGUGCAUCCUGUUUCCGUUGAUCAUCCUUGAGAUGUUUCUACAUCUUGACCCUGUGGUAAAUUCAAUUGAUACGACAUGAUUUGGAAAGGCACACACCUGUCUAUAUAAGGUCUCACAGUUGACAGUGCAUGUCAGAGCAAAAACCAAGCCGUGAGGUCGGACAGGAUUGUGUCAAGGCACAGAUCUGGGGAAGGGUACCAAAACAGUUCUGCAGCAUUGAAGGCUCCCCAAGAAAACAGUGGCUCCAUCAUUCUUAAAUAGAAGAAGUUUGGAACCACCAAGACUCUUCCUAGAGCUGUCCGCCUGGCCAAACUGAGCAAUCGAGGGAGAAGGGCCUUGGUCAGAGAGGUGACCAAGAAUCCGAUUGUCACUCUGACAGAGCUCCAGCGUUCCUAUGUGGAGAUGGAAGAACCUUCCAGAAGGACAACCAUCUCUGCAGCACUCCACCAAUCAGGCCUUUAUGGUAGAGUGGCCAGACAGAAGCCACUCCUCAGUAAAAGGCACAUGACAGACUCUCAGACCAUGAGAAACAAUAUUCUCUGGUCUGAUGAAUCCAAGAUUGAACUCUUUGGCCUGAAAGCCAAGCGUCACAUCUGGAGGAAACCUGGCACCAUCCCUACGGUGAAACAUGGUAGUGGCGGCAUCAUGCUGUGGGGAUGUUUUUCAGUGGCAGGAACUGGGAGACUAGUCAGGAUCGAGGGAAAGAUGAACGGAGUACAUAGAGAUCCAAGAUGAAAACCUGCUCCAGAGCACUCAGGACCUCAGACUGGGGCGAAUGUUCACCUUCCAACAGGACAACAACCCUAAACACACAGCCAAGAAAAUGCAGGAGUGGCUUCAGGACAAGUCUCUGAAUGUCCUUCAGUGGCCCAGCCAGAACCCGGACUUGAACCCGACUGAACAUCUCUGGAGAGACCUGAAAAUAGCUGUGCAGCAACGCUCCACAUCCAACCUGACAGAGUUUGAGAGGAUCUUCAGAGAAGAAUGGGAAAAACUCUCCAAAUACAGUUGUGCCAAGCUUAUAGCGUCAUACCCAAGAAGACUUGAGGUUGUAAUCGCUGCCAAAGGUUCUUCAACAAAGUACUGAGUAAAGGGUCUGAAUACUUAUGUAAAUGUGAUAUUUCAUUUCUUUUAGUAUUUUUUUUGCAAUAAAAAGCAGUUUUUGCUUCGUCAUUAUUGGGUAUUGUGUGUAGAUUGAUGAGGGGGAAAAACUAUUGAAUCCAUUUUAGAAUAAGACUGUAACGUAUCAAAAUUUGGAAAAAGUCAAGGGGUCUGAAUACUUUCAGAAUGCACUGUACAUAUAGUUAUAUUUGUAUAUUACAGGUUUUUUCAUCUAAGAAUGUGACAAAAACCUGACUGGGGUAUCUGCUUUUUAACAAGCUAACUACAAAGCUACGCUGCGUUUUUUGGGGGGGACUAAAAAGUGUCACUACACUGCUGUCUGUUUAAAAAAUAUACACAAAUAAAAAAGCUGAGACUGCUGGUUUGUAAAUAGACAACACAAUAGGAUGUGGCAUGAAACCAAUGCCACUUAACAAUGUUAUGUUACGUACUAUAUACCGUAUACAUGACUGUAUAGGAUUUGUGAUUACCUUGUCUUAAUCUUUUUCAAUAACAGGUUUCUUUUUUAUUUCAAAACACACUUUUGAUAGUUUGUUAAUGGUAUACGGUAUUCUGUAUGUAACGGGCAUUUAGAAAAUCUCAAUAAAGUCUU